AAACCAGCAAGAAAAAAAGACGCUGCUAAAACACCAGGCGAGCUCCGGAAAAAAUACCUCUAGGCAGGCCGAAAAAAAUACCACCAACACGUUCACUUUUGCUGGAUCCCGCGCGUCGACCCGCAAAAAAAAAUAAACACCCAGACCGCCCCACUCGGCUGACCCAGGCAUCUUUUUGGUUCACCGUGCCGCCUAUUUUUCUUUUUGCUUGGACCCGCCUUACUCGCCUCUCAUCCCAGGGCAGAAUAGCUGCAGGCGAAUUUGCUCUUUUCCCCUCGAAAACGGCCCAAACAGCAGCCGAUUCGGGAUAUCCGUGGCUUACCCGCCGAGCCCUUAGCGAACCUCCCGAGUAAACGGCCUCGCCCACCCCGAGCAGACCGCCCGGAAAUUCCACCCGAGAAAUCCCGGCACACCUACCCGCCAGUCUUUGUGCACAAAAACAGCCCGGCCAUCUCCCCAUGAACGGCGUGGCCCCGUACCCCGAGCCCGCCGCGUUUGGCGGCGCUGCCGCCACAAAUGGCCCCGACAACAACGGCUCGGCCGCCGACACGCGCCGAUCGGGCGCGGCCCCGCCGCCGGCGUUCCCCGGAAUCCCCGACCCCAGCACAAAGCGCGAGCUUGACGAGCUCGUGUUGCGCUACCAGCACUUGCUCCGCGCCACCAAGGACGCCAGGGACAGCCACGACGCGUACGCGCGGCUCGCGGGCUCUGCGCCCGCGUUCGACGCGCCCGUCGCCGCUCCCGCGGACUUCGUGGACACGUAUUUGCCCGAGAAAGAGGCGUUGGAGAAGGUGUUGGCGCGCGCCAGCGCCAAGUACGAGGAGUACAUCGCCGAGGAGGACGCGUUGUACGCGGACAUCCUCGGCGCGUUGGACGCCAGCGGCCCCGGCGCCGUCGACGUGGCGCUCUUCGAAAAGCACAUGGCGGGCUUGCAGUUGUUGUCGCGAGACAUCGACUUGCCCGAGUCCUUGCAAGUGGACUACGGCCUGGUCUACCACAAGGCGCACGGCACGGGCGCGUCUGCGCACGCCGCGGUGGUGGAGCACAUCAUCGCCGAGUACUUCCCGGAGAAAACGCCCGCGGCCUUCCUAGCACGGGCCAAGUCCGUGGGCGUCGGCUCGUCCAAAGCCGCGCUGGCCACCGGGCCGCUCUCCGCGUCGUUGGGCAACUACUACACUGAGCAGAUCAUCGCGGGCAAAAUCGCCGCGCGGAUCCAGGAGUUGGAGAACGUGCCCGCCAACCAAGGAACAUUCGAUGCCAGCGCCGCCGGCCCGCAGGCCUCCUUUGCCAGUGACCACAAGAUCAACGCGCUAAUAGAAUUGAAGUCGCUCCAGGUGCUUGCCUUCCAGAAACACUUGAAGAACAACUUCAUCCGCAAGGUCGCUCUCUCGGCGCAGUACGAGCUGAGCGAGUUGAGCUCCAACGCGUUGUCCUUGCAAGGCAGGCGCGGCCUCUACAUCAGAGACAAGAUCGACCAGCCCAACCCCCAUCUUCUAGCACAGCAGUUGGAGGACAAGUUCAAGUUGGAGGCAGAGGCCCGCAAGCACAGAUUGCACGUCAAGAAAAUCGAGCACAUCCUAGACAACUCCCGGCAGAUCCUGGAGGCUCGGCUGGGCCGCUUCAACAAGCGGAUUGCCUUGUCCAAGUUCGUUGCCAACUUCCACGUGACCACCGAGAAGGAUGAGUCGAAGAAGUUGGAAAAAACGGCCAAGCAGCGUUUGCAGGCCUUGAAGGCCAACGACGAAGAGGCCUACAUCAAGUUGUUGGACCAGACGAAGGACCACAGAAUCACGCACUUGUUGAAGCAAACCAACACCUACCUUGACUCGUUGUCGAAAGCAAUGAGAGUGCAACAAGCCGAGCAUGACGAAUUGCCGGCCCAGGAGCCAGAGGACACCCCUGAGGAACUCAGGGAAAAAAUCGAUUACUACCAGGUUGCGCACAGGGUCAAGGAGGAGAUUACCGAGCAGCCUUCCAUUUUGGUUGGUGGCAAAUUGAAAGAGUACCAAAUCAAGGGUUUGCAAUGGAUGGUGUCAUUGUACAACAACAAGUUGAAUGGUAUCUUGGCAGAUGAGAUGGGAUUAGGUAAAACCAUCCAAUCCAUUUCCUUGGUGACUCACUUGAUCGAGAAGAAAGGUGAGGAUAAGUUCUUGGUCAUUGUGCCUUUGUCCACCAUCACCAACUGGACAAUCGAGUUUGAAAAGUGGGCUCCUUCAGUCAGAAUAAUUGUCUAUAAAGGCUCGCCUCAGCAGCGUAAAGACUUGCAGUACGAGGUCAGAACAGGUAACUUCCAGGUUCUUUUGACCACAUACGAAUAUGUGAUCAGAGAGAGACCUUUGCUCGCAAGGUUCAAUUGGUCCCAUAUGAUCAUUGAUGAAGGUCACAGAAUGAAGAAUGCGAACUCCAAGUUGUCCAUCACCUUAAAACAAUACUACAGGACCAAAAAUAGAUUGAUUUUGACGGGUACGCCAUUGCAAAACAACUUACCAGAGUUGUGGGCUUUGUUGAAUUUCGUUCUCCCAAAAAUUUUCAACUCGGUGAAGUCUUUCGACGAAUGGUUCAACACGCCGUUUGCCAACACAGGUUCUCAAGAAAAGAUCGAGUUGACGGAAGAAGAAAGUUUGUUGGUCAUCAGAAGAUUGCAUAAGGUCCUCAGACCUUUCUUAUUGAGAAGAUUGAAGAAGGACGUCGAGAAAGAUUUACCGGACAAGGUUGAGAAAGUGUUGAAAUGUAACUUGUCUGGUUUGCAGCAUGUCAUGUAUCAACAAAUGAUCAAACAUAACGCAUUGUUCCUUGGCUCUCAAACCACAGGUACCAACCAGAAGUCAGGAAUCAGAGGCUUGAACAACAAAAUCAUGCAGUUGAGAAAAAUCUGUAAUCAUCCGUUUGUUUUUGAUGAAGUGGAGGAUGUUAUGAAUGAGUCGCGCAUGUCAAACGAGUUUCUUUGGAGAACUUCUGGUAAAUUCGAGUUGUUGGACCGAAUCUUGCCCAAGUUCAAAGCUACUGGACAUAGAGUGUUGAUCUUUUUUCAAAUGACCUCGGUGAUGAAUAUCUUUGAGGACUUUUUGAGACUUAGAGAUAUGAAGUACAUGAGGUUGGAUGGUCUGACGAAAGCUGAGGACAGACAAGACAUGUUGAAGAGUUUCAAUCACCCAGAGUCUGAGUUUUUCUGUUUCUUGUUGUCGACAAGAGCUGGUGGUUUGGGAUUAAACUUGCAAAGCGCUGAUACAGUCAUCAUCUUCGACACCGAUUGGAACCCUCACCAAGAUUUGCAGGCUCAAGACAGAGCGCACAGAAUUGGCCAGAAGAAUGAAGUCAGAAUCUUACGGUUGAUUACAAAUGACUCUGUGGAAGAAGUCAUUUUGGAGAGAGCGCACCAAAAGUUGGAUAUCGAUGGAAAAGUCAUCCAAGCUGGUAAAUUUGAUAACAAAUCCACCGCCGAGGAACAAGAGGAGUUUUUGAAGAGGUUGCUUGAUGCUGAACAAGGUGACAGAGAAAAUGAGGAAAACCAGGCAUUGGACGACGAUGAGCUUAAUGAUAUAUUGGCUCGUUCCGAAGAAGAGAAGAUUUUCUUCACCGAAAUGGACACCAAGAGAAUUAUAGAAGAGAAAGUGCAAGCAAGACAGGGUGGAUACGUGAACAGAUUGAUCACGAAGGACGAAUUGCCUGCGGUCUUCACUGAGGAUAUCUCUCACCACUUCAUAAAAGACACGAAAGAGUUGGCAAGAAUGAGAGACAAGAAGUCGGUAAAAUAUGAUGAUGGCUUGACCGAGGAACAGUGGCUCAUGGCGAUGGAUGAUGAUAAUGACACCGUUGAGGAUGCUAUCCGUCGCAAAGAAGAAAAGAGAGCCAGGAGGAAAAGGGCAGGGGAGCCGGACAGUGAGUCAGAAGACGAGCAACCAAAAAAACGCGGAAGACCUCCCAAAAAGCGGGAAGAGGACGAUGACGGUGACCUCAAUGGUGAUUCAGUACCAAGUGACCCCAUGAUUGAGAAAGGAAUGGAAGUCUUAGAUGGUAUCUUGGAACUUCGGGCUGAAAGCGACGGACACAACAUUUCGGAUAUCUUUUUGAAGUUGCCAUCCAAGAAAUUGUACCCGGACUACUUCCACGUGAUUAAAACGCCGGUCUCUCUCAACCAGAUCCGCAAGCAGCUCAAGCAAGAAAAGUUCGAGACGUUUGAUGACUUUUUAAAUCAGAUCCGAUUGAUGUGCUUGAAUGCGAAGACAUACAAUGAAGAAGGCUCUUGGGUUUACGAGGACGCUACAACCAUUGAGAACUUCGUGGACGCGUACACUUGAGGCAAUAUCGAUGUAUAACGAGGCGUCAGCGAGGUCUUUGACUACCAUGGCGGGUUUCGAUAUAGACUGGGCACUCAUCUUGGCCAGGAAGCCUCGAUCUUGACGCGUUCCCAUACAAAACUCCCGGGACAUGGGGAACCGUUGAUGUAAAGUAUAAAUUAGCGAGUGUAUUAUAUAGAUCAAACAGAGCAAUUUGAUGAGCGAACCCCACCCAGGGCGCCCUGUACAGUUCGGACCUCCAUGGACCAGUGAAGCCGCACACAAUAUGGAGACAAGCAGUCAGAGAAACUACAAGGUAAAUAUGGAAGGCGCAAUGGACCUUUGAACAGCUAAAUCUUGUGUUCGCCUUUAGUCUGAAAAUGAAUCAAAUAGUUUGGAGAUCAGCAUGUACGCCGUCAGGACAUGGGGUACCUGGAUAAAGAGUCGCGGGCCGGAGUCGCAGG